GUCCCCGUUCUGGUUAUGGGGAAACCGCAGCGCCGAGCGGGAAGGGGCUCGUCGAGGUCCCAGCGGGAGCGGAGAGGGAGGUGCUCACGGGCGGCCCCCGCGCUGUGCAUUCUCCGCGUCCUCCAGCAGAGGGGCCGGCCCGCGGGGCUCGGCGUCCCGCAUAAUAGCCGCUUUGAUGCCUGCGGCCGGCCGGCGGGGAGGGGAGGGGAGGCGGGCCGGGAGGGGAGGGGAGGGAGGGAGGGAGGGGAGUGUCCGGCCGCCCGCGCCAUUCCCCCGCCCCUCGGUCCCGCCGCCACACGCCGCGGGAGCUCGGACCAGGCGCCCGUCCCUCCUCCUCGUCCCUCGCCGAGGCCGCGAAGCCCCGAGCCGGCGGGAGCCCGGUGCUCACCAUGUCGGUCGCGCUCAGCAACAGGUUCCAAGGAGUUUCUCUGUGACCAGAAGUAUAGUGAUGAAGAGGACCUGCCAGAAAAGCUUGCAGCCUUCAAAGAGAAGUACAUGGAGUUUGACCUGAACAAUGAGGGAGAGAUUGACCUGAUGUCUUUAAAGAGGAUGAUGGAGAAGCUUGGGGUCCCCAAGACCCACCUGGAGAUGAAGAAGAUGAUCUCAGAGGUGACGGGUGGGGUCAGCGACACCAUUUCCUACCGAGACUUUGUGAACAUGAUGCUGGGGAAACGGUCGGCGGUCCUCAAGCUAGUCAUGAUGUUUGAAGGAAAAGCCAACGAGAGCAGCCCCAAGCCAGUUGGCCCCCCUCCAGAGAGAGACAUUGCCAGCCUGCCCUGAGGACCCCAGCCUGGACCUGACCCACUCUCCCCACUCCUCUUCCUCCCUCCUGGUCUCACUGCCCUUCUUGACUUGUUGUGAUGUGUCUUGUUUGUUUUGUUUGGUCGUUGUGUGUCUGUCUGUUUUUUCAUCAGCAGAAUCAGUGAUCUCUUUGUGAAGCACAAAUUAUCUGCCUUAAAGGGGCUUUGGGUGGGGGAAUCCUGAGCCUUGGAUCACGCCUCCCUCUCUUCUUCCCUCCCCGUCCUCUCCUUGUGCGGAAGGGCUGACAUUAAACCAAAAACCAGAGGGGGCAGGGCCAGAACAGAGAGACUGAAGGCUGUGAUUCCCACACUUGAAGCUGGCACUGUCCAUCCUUCUAGGAGGUCUCUGAGCUAAGUCCCAGAACCCUGGCCUGGCCCUGGUGAGGACCUCAGCCCACUUUAAGAAGCCCCUGGAGUCAAGAUAAGGCUGCAGGACCUCAUUAGGGUUUCCCUGGACAGCUCGGUGGUUCCAGGUCUCAGGUGGACCAUGAUGUGGCCACGUGGUACCCCUCCUCCCCAGCUGGUCCCCCCUCGAUCCAUGCUUCCUCUCAUCCUCAGUGAGGUUACAGAAGGAGAGGGGCUUGGCAAUUUGAGCCCUGCAAGGAGGUUCCAGAAGGAAUCCUCUAGCUUUUCCCCGGCCACACUUUUACAGGCAGCUCAGAGGGAAGGUGCAGCCCCCCUGACUCUUGCUGGGGCAGCAAUGGGCUUCAGAGGUAGAGGGGAUCCAGAGGCCUUUGGCAGGGAUUCAGCUCAGUCUAGUCCCAGCUUUUAGGGAGGAUGUUGAGGGCAACAGGGUAGGAGAAUGAGGGCUUAAAGGCUCAUGGCAAAGAGGCAGCACCGCUCUUAAGCCAGGAGCUGAGGAACGGGUUCUUUCUGAUCCCAACAUGCUUGAAACCAGACUGUGCUUCGCCAUCUGCCUUCACACCUUACUGAUGCCAUUCAUUCAUUCACCCUUCAUUCAUUCACUCAGUCAUUCAACAGAUAUUUAUUGACAACCUGUUAUAAGCUUUAAGUCCCCCCACUUUGUCCCGGCAUGCGCCGUGUCCGCUGUCUAUUUCAUCACUCUGUUUCCAAAUCACCCAAAACCUUGAGCUUGGGGAUUGGAUUAGGGAAACCUGUGUUCUUUAUUAGGGACUAGGGUUUCCUAGCCCUGAUCCACCCUGUAAAUUAGCUGGGCCAGGCCUCUCAGUUCACAGGUGAGAAAACCCUGGGGGCCCACAGGGAUUAAGUGCCUUGCCCAAAGUCACGGGUUAAUCUGGAGAUGGAAGAUCUGGAUUGGAGCCCUGGUGUUCAGAUGCCCUGCCCACGCCUCACCUCUGCUCUGGGCUGCCUCUGUCAGUGAUGAAAACAUGGAAAGGGGCAGGGAGGGGCAAUCUCCUGAGUCAACCCUUGGGGAAGGCCCUGGGCCAGGACUCACCCUUCUCAGUGCCUC